CAGCGGUCAGGGUUUCCUUCCUUGGGCCAAACGAGAAACCAUCAUAAAACCACGAACAACAAAGACGAAACACGAUGGACGCGCUGUUCCAUGCAUCGAACGAGACCGUUCGGUCUAUUCUUACUGCUCUCUGUGACGAUGACCGAGUCCGCUCCAAAGCUCUCAAGUACCUCGAUAUGAUUGAACCCGAAGCCAAGGUCAAGGCAAACGAUGCUCCGCCGAGUGAUCCAAACAGUAAAAAGCGGAAACCGGCGUCCACUCUCAGUAUAUGUGUGCGGUGCGGCGAAACGUUUUACGACGGGACCACCGACAAAUGCAAAUACCAUGAUGGCGAGCUUGAGCCCGAUUAUGACGGUGACUUCUGGGCUGAUCAUGAUGAGAGAUGCCAUGGCGUAAUCGACACGGAUAGAAUGCGAGAAGACUUUCCCGAUGGUUUCGUAUGGGACUGUUGCGAAAAGCUCGGUUCCGAACCAGGUUGCCGAAGAGGAUACCACGAAUCACACCCCGACAAGAAGUACAAGGGUUAUGAAUCUGAAUCUGAGGAUAUUGGGACGUCGGAGAUUGGCAGUGAUGACGAGGGUGAAGGGGAGGAGGAGGAGGAUGAGGACGAAGACGACGAGGACAACGAGGACGACGAGGAUUAGAAAGUUUUGAACGACCAACACCGGCCGUCCCGUUCCACACCACCAUUUGUAUCCAAAGGGGCCAGGCAUAGUUUGAGGCACCUCGUCGGCCUUCCGUUCGGUUUCGGGCCUUUCGAUGCCCUCAUCCUCAACCAUAACAACUUGAAACGACAAGUCCCAGUAUGGUGUGCCUCCAUUAUUAAAUAUGUUAGCAUAGCUUGGUCCUCGGGAGGUCAUUUUCAGUUCAUUGGUCCACAAUACCUAUAAUCCUACCUUCGUGGGGUUCAACCGUGAUAUUUCGAGGCGGUAAAUCCCCACGUGGAAAUUGUACUUUGCAC